CUAACGAUCCACCCAGUCCUUAAAGCAUCUGGAGAUCGUCUAGUUAGUACUUCUAACUAAGAAGAAAGCAUCAUGGCCAUGACAGCUAACAGCCACUGCAUCCAACUGAGUGAUGGCAGACGUAUGCCGCUUAUUGGUCUGGGCACAUAUGCGGAUCCCAAAAAGACUCCAAAGGGAACUUGCUACAAGGCAGUAAAGCUGGCCAUUGAAAUUGGGUAUCGUCACAUUGAUGGAGCUUUGCUGUAUUAUAAUGAGCAUGAGGUUGGACAAGCCAUUCGGGAAAGUGUUGCUGAAGGGAAGGUGAAGCGGGAAGAUAUAUAUUACUGUGGCAAGUUAUGGAACACAUUUCAAUCCCCUGAGUUGGUAAGACCAGCACUGGAAAAAACUUUGAAAGAUUUACAGCUUGAUUAUGUGGACCUCUACAUUAUAGAACUUCCAAUGGCCUUUAAGCCAGGAAACACAUUGUAUCCAAAAGAUGAGAAUGGAAAGUACAUUUAUCAUAAAACAGACCUGUGUGCCACAUGGGAGGCAUUGGAAGCCUGUGUGGAUGCGGGGCUGACCAGAUCUAUUGGGGUUUCAAACUUUAACCGUCGACAGCUGGAACUCAUCAUGAACAAGCCUGGAUUAAAAUACAAACCUGUCUCUAAUCAGGUUGAAUGCCAUCCAUAUUUUACUCAACCCAAGCUCCUGGAAUACUGUAGGGAAAAGAACAUAGUGAUUGUGGGAUACAGCCCCCUGGGAACAUCUAGAGAGUAUUGGGUUAAUUUAAAAAUCCCACCUUUGUUAGAAGAUCCUCUACUUACUUCAAUUGCAAAAAAAUAUGAUAAGACAACCGCUCAAGUUGCCCUUCGAUUCAAUAUCCAGCGACGUGUUGUUGUUAUUCCAAAGAGCUUCAAUCCAGAUCGCAUGAAAGAAAACUUUCAGGUGUUUGAUUUCUCCUUGUCUGAUGAAGAGAUGAAAGCUAUUGAAGGACUGAAUAAAAACAUACGCUAUGUGGAGCUUUUAAUGUGGAAGGAUCACCCGGAAUAUCCAUUUAAUGAAGAAUUCUAACAGCUUCUUCUUAUACAAGGCUUUUGAAAACAGAAAAAAUUUUUAUUGUCCAUGUCCAUGAUAAGUAAAGUACAACAUAAAAGAUGCAGUGCAUUAAUGUUAUGCUCUGUAUACAUGUAUGAUACUUUUAUCAUAUCAACAAUGUACAAAGGACGCUAGUCAGCUUCAUAAAGAUUUUGUUCACAGCACAUCAUUAGAGAGCAGAAUACUGUGAAUGUGGUAAUAUCUCACUGUCAUACAGCCAUUUAUUACAUUUUCUGAACCUGUAUACACUAUGCAUUUAUACUUCAUUUUUAAUCUUAGAACACAUUUUUAAGUUUAAAUUAUCUUGACAAAAUGCCUUUCCAUAUUUCUUGAUUUAGAAGUGUGACAUCAUUAUGCCUCUGCCUACUGUGCAGCCUUAUAAUUUAAUGUAAAUAUCAGAAAACAAUAAGCCCUUUUAACCCAUAAACAUUACAUAUGUAGACAUUUUAGUAAUGAUUAUUCUCCAUUAAAUAGCCAAGUUUAGUUAAGUACUCUGUCACCUACAUUCACUUUAAAAUAAGCAAGUGCAAAAACUGCAAUAUCUAAAUAGAACAUGCUUAUUGUACAGACUCAAGUCAGCAAAUAAUAAAAAGCAAGCAACUCAAUUGAAUUAGAAGAAUAAUUUCAUUUAUAUAGUGCUUUUCUAACCUUCUCAGAUGUGUAGGACAGAACAUUGUUGAAUAUUUUCUUGGAAAAUCAAUUAAAAGCAGAAAAACUGACAAUUUCUUGUGCUGUCAUUUUUCAAAUUCUGUUUUAUUUUUAAAGUGCUCAUUAUUUUUUACCCCAUAUCUGGUGCCAUUUUCUUGUGAUUAGAUGAGCUGGCAUCCCACUUAAUGCUAGGAAGAGCUCUGGCUCCACCUGUGGCACAGGACUGUAAUACUGAAUAAAGAAAAUGAGUUUCUAUUACUAA